AUGAAACUCACCUCCGUUAUCGUCUUGAGCAUUGCGACGUCGGUCAUGGCACAAUUAUUACCAAAGGGAAGAUUCUGCAACGACGGAACUGAGGGAAAUGGAGGUUGCGAAGCAGAAGGACUGGCAACCUACUGCGUAAGUACUCAGAAUGUCGAAUCACGUAUUGUAUAGAGACUUAUUCUCCUCUAGUGCGCAGGAAUCGAUAAGAUAGGGCCCUUCCAAACUUUUCGAGAGACCACCGUUCCUUCUAGAAACAAGGCCAAUAGCGUCAGCUGUGAACCAGCUGGUAGUAAACUCAUCGGAGAGAUCAGAUGCGCCCCUAAAUAG